AACAGUAGUGGGCGGAGCCAAGGAAGACUUUUUCAGUCUCACGCAGGCAGGCAGGAGAUCGAAAUGGCGGCGCCAGCAGAGAGGAUGGAGGGGGAGAGCUCAGCCAAGCCUGCAGCCGAGGAUAUGACAUCAAAGGACUACUACUUUGAUUCGUAUGCGCACUUUGGCAUCCACGAGGAGAUGCUGAAAGAUGAGGUUCGCACGCUGACCUAUCGCAAUUCCAUGUUCCACAACAAGCACCUGUUUAAGGACAAGGUGGUGCUGGAUGUGGGCAGUGGGACAGGCAUCCUCUGUAUGUUUGCUGCCAAAGCCGGAGCCAAAAAGGUUAUAGGGAUAGAGUGCAGCAGCAUCUCAGACUACGCUGUGAAAAUUGUCAAGGCCAACAAGAUGGAUGAUGUUGUGACUAUCAUCAAGGGGAAGGUGGAGGAGGUGGAUCUGCCUGUGGAAGGAGUAGACAUCAUCAUAUCAGAGUGGAUGGGCUACUGUCUCUUCUAUGAGUCUAUGCUUAAUACAGUCAUUUAUGCCAGGGACAAAUGGCUGAAGCCAGAUGGACUCAUUUUCCCUGACAGGGCAACCCUUUAUGUCACUGCCAUUGAAGACCGGCAGUACAAGGACUACAAAAUCCACUGGUGGGAGAAUGUGUAUGGUUUCGAUAUGUCGUGCAUCAAGGAGGUGGCAAUUAAGGAGCCUCUGGUUGAUGUGGUGGACCCGAAGCAGCUGGUCAGCAGCGCCUGUCUCAUCAAGGAGGUGGACAUCUACACAGUGAAGGCGGAUGACCUGACCUUCACCUCGCCGUUCUGUCUGCAGGUGAAGAGGAACGACUACAUCCAAGCUUUAGUCACCUACUUCAACAUCGAGUUCACCCGCUGUCACAAGAGAACCGGCUUCUCCACCAGCCCAGAGUCUCCCUACACCCACUGGAAGCAGACUGUCUUCUACCUGGAUGAUUACCUGACUGUGAAGACUGGAGAGGAGAUCUUUGGCACAAUCAGCAUGAAGCCAAACGUCAAGAACAAUAGGGACCUGGACUUCACCGUAGACAUCGACUUCAAGGGUCAGCUGUGUGAGGUGUCAAAGACAUCAGAGUACAGGAUGCGUUAGUCUCUAUUCCUCCUCCCUGUUGGUUUGUCUUUAGUAGAGGACAGAUUAUACUGUUUGACUCGGGAGUCUCCACAAUAGUUUGACGCUCCCCAUGCAGCAACGUUUUAUUAUCUGUCUUUUCUUGUUAUUUUCUUGUCCAGACAUUAACGGUAUUUAAAAGCUCUUCACAGACUUGGGGUGCGGGUCAAGGGGCAUUAGUUUGCCUGGUGUGUGUCCAACAUCUUUGGUUCUGCUCAGGGUUUUUUGUCCUUUGCAUGUCUACAUGUUAUCCAUCCAGACCAACACCAACACAACAGCCCUGCUGACAUGACUGCAUACUAUACUGCUGAGUCACUUUGGCCCUCUGUUUGUCAUUUCAUGACUCAGAUAUUGAUCUCCCCUUAGUUUUCAGUCUGGAAGUUGUAUGUGGCUUUUCAGAUUUCUGUAUUGGCAAGAUUUACCUGUGAACCAGUUAAUAACAAACUUAUGUAACUGACAAGCCAACUGUCCAUGAACACCAUAAGACCUAGCUAUUCAAAAAAUAUGAAUACAUACAAGGAUGUGGUUCUGGUGUGAAAGGGAACCUGAUCAGGACUCGUCACAGCAUCGCCUGUAAAGUUAUGGCAAACGACAUACUAAUUCUACACCGUACAGAUUACAUAUGCAUCAUCCUAGUAUAAUGUUUUAGCAUGUAGUGUAACAACACAUACAGAUGCUUUGUCAUUUUAACAGGAAAUGGUUAUGUUGGCUGUAAAUCAAACUGCAUUUUUGUAAAGCUUCUUCCAAUUAAACUUAAAGAAAUGUCAGUCUUAUGAUUUAGUUGUGUUAUAUUUUUUUUUGGGUGGUGCGAUGCCACCACCCACAACUUAUUUUGAAGUUUAUCUGCUGUGCGCAUCAACGGCACACGUGAUGAACUGCAUGGAGUCGGCAUACCGUGUGCUUCGAGUGGGCCGGCUUGAGUAACUCUUCCGUUCUGAACUCAAUCAACAACCUGCUUAGAAUCAGUAUGUAGUACGGAUCUGGGACCAGUCGAGAUGCUUCAUGCAGGCGCACACACUCCAGUUGAUUCCAAGCUUGACCAGAAGGCUUUGGCCUAGUCCUUCGAUCAGUUCCUCCCCUUUAAAGAACCACACGUGAGCAUCUUGAGGUGUUGGGAGUCCUCCAGUAGGCUUCCUGGAGCCCACGUCCAUGUUUGCACAGCGCAGAUUACUCUUGACUCAACAUAUUUAGAUUUUUCUCUUUUGUAUUUUGUUUUUGUCUGCUGCUUUUUAAAAAAAUGAAUAAAACUAAUCUGUAAAUGUAA